AUGAUAGCGGCAGGGGCAGGAAACAGAGCAUUACUGGAACUACUUGUGGAGAAAGGUGCAAAUUUGUCCCUACUGGAUGGUGAGGAUAACAAUAUCUUACACGUUGCCUGUAUGGAGGGAAACUUGGAGAUAGUGAAGUACAUCCACUCACAGAACAUCAUUGACAUUGACAGUAGGGGAGGGAACGGGACAACGCCAUUGAUGUCAGCAGCACUGUUUGGGAAGAAGGAAGUGUUCCGUUUCCUUUUGGAAACAGGAGCUGAUAUGUCACAAGAGGAUGAUGAUGGUGAAAAUACCCUCCAUGUAUCCUGCAAAGGGGGAAAUGUAGAUAUAGUGAAACAUGUCCUCACGCGUAAAGUUGUGUACAUAAACAGUACAGAUAACAAUGACAUUACACCUUUGAUGUUGGCAGCAGGUUAUGGGAACCAAGUUGUGUUUCACUUGCUGAUAGAGAGAGGAGCUGAUACCUCAGCAAGGGAUGAUACAGAUAGAACUAUCCUUCAUUGGGCCUGUCGAGGAGGAAACGUGAAGAUAGUAAAUGGUAUCCUGACACAAAACAUUGUCGACAUUAACAGCAACGAUAGAAAUGAGAUGACACCAUUGUUGUUAGCAGCAUACCAUGGCAAAAGAGAAGUGCUUGGGUUAUUAAUAGAACAGGGUGCUAAUACUUUAGCAGUCGAUCAUGAAAGUAGAAACAGUCUCCAUCAUUCCUGCACUGGAGGACAAGUGGAUACAGUGAAGUAUGUCCUGAAUCAAAGCAUCGUGGAUAUAAAUAGUAAAGAUGAUGAAGAAAUGACUCCAGUGAUGCUUGCAGCAUAUCAUGGGAAAAGAGAAGUAUUUGACAUUCUUGUGAAACAAGGAGCUGAUCUGUCAGUAGUUGACGAGGAUGGUGACAACAUCCUUCAUGUGGCCUGUCGAGGAGGAAAUGUUAAGAUAGUGAAUUACAUCCUGAUGCAAAACAUUGUGGAUAUAAAUAGUAAAGAUGAUGAAGAAAUGACUCCAGUGAUGCUGGCAGCAUCUCAUGGGAAAAGAGAAGUAUUUGACAUACUUGUGAUAAAAGGAGCUGAUCUGUCAGUAGUUGACAAGGAUGGUGACAACAUCCUUCAUGUGGCCUGUCGAGGAGGAAAUGUUAAGAUAGUGAAUUACAUCCUGAUGCAAAACAUUGUGGAUAUAAAUAGUAAAGAUGAUGAAGAAAUGACUCCAGUGAUGCUGGCAGCAUAUCAUGGGAAAAGAGAAGUAUUUGGCAUUCUUGUGAAACAAGGAGCUGAUCUGUCAGUAGUUGACGAGGAUGGUGACAACAUCCUUCAUGUGGCCUGUCGAGGAGGAAAUGUUAAGAUAGUGAAUUACAUCCUGAUGCAAAACAUUGUGGAUAUAAAUAGUAUAGAUGAUAAAGAAAUGACACCAGUGAUGCUGGCAGCAUUUCAUGGGAAAAGAGAAGUAUUUGACAUACUUGUGAUAAAAGGAGCUGAUCUGUCAGUAGUUGACAGGGAUGGUGACAACAUCCUUCAUGUGGCCUGUCGAGGAGGAAAUGUUAAGAUAGUGAAUUACAUCCUGAUGCAAAACAUUGUGGAUAUAAAUAGUAAAUAUGAUGAAGAAAUGACUCCAGUGGACUCCAGUGAUGCUGCAUAUCAUGGGAAAAGAGAAGUAUUUGACAUUCUUGUGAUAAAAGGAGCUGAUCUGUCAGUAGUUGACAAGGAUGGUGACAACAUCCUUCAUGUGGCCUGUCGAGGAGGAAAUGUUAAGAUAGUGAAUUACAUCCUGAUGCAAAACAUUGUGGAUAUAAAUAGUAAAGAUGAUGAAGAAAUGACUCCAGUGAUGCUGGCAGCAUAUCAUGGGAAAAGAGAAGUAUUUGACAUACUUGUGAAAAAAGGAGCUGAUCUGUCAGUAGUUGACGAGGAUGGUGACAACAUCCUUCAUUUGGCCUGUUUUGGGGAAAAUGCGGAGAUAGUGAAGCAUGUCCUCGGGCUACAUAUUGUGGACAUAAACUGUAAAGGAUCUAGCGGGAUGACACCACUGCUGUUAGCAGCAGAAUACAGUACAUGGGAUGUGUUUGAAUUGCUACUAGAGAGCGGAGCGGAUCCUUCAGUAGUAAAUAUCGAUGGUGACAACGUCCUUCACGUGGCCUGUGCAGUAGGAGAUCAGGACAUUGUGAAAUAUCUGCUGUCACAGAGCAUUGUAGAUAUAACCACAAAGAAUAGUCAGGGAUUGAAUGCAGCCGCGAUAGCGAGGGAAAAUGGUUACUUAUCAAUAACAAAGUUACUGUUACAAGCCUCCCAGUCAUUGCAUGAGUGA